CUAGGGUACAUGCAGCAGAAAAGGUUGCUUGGUGCUAGUGCAAACACAUCAUGGAAGUAUUUGAGCUCAUUGUCUGCUGCAUGGCAUCCUUUAUAAAUUUAUCAUCAUCAAUGCAAUUCAGUUUCUACUCAAACUCUCUCAUCUCAAACCCCAACAUCACCAUGAAAACCCAGUCAGUGAAAGAAUGUGCCAUCAUGUGUCAUAUCAGAGAUGACUGCCUGUCCUUCAGCAUCACACCAAAGAACCUGGCUUAUUUGGAAUGCAGAAUUGCCAUCAAAAACCUCACUUGGACUGAACACAGUGCAUCCAGGCUCUACAUGCCAGCUCUGGACAUAGAUGUCACUGGUUACACUUUGUUGUCAGAUGGGGACUUUUACAAGUUGUUGCCUCAAGUGGGGAAAACUUCAGAGUCCAUUGCUUUGUGUCAAGCUGAGGAGGGGACUUUGGCAGUUCCUUAUCCCAACAAUGUUUACCACAUGCUGAAUGCCUUCUUGAUGUCAUUAAACUACCCCAUACGCAUUGGCAUCUACUCAUAUGAGCCAUUUUCAAAAACCUAUGUCACUUAUGAUGGUAACACUUGCUUCAUCAAACCCUAA